AUGCAGGUCAUCGCACCCCUUUUUGAUUUUUACAAAGUGGCUUCCUCUCUGUCGCUCUCUUUGGCGUCGUACAAGCCGAUUCCUGUUGUCGAAAGCAGCAACGACAGCGAUAACCCAGGCCGUGUAAGCGCAGUCGACUCAUCUGGUUCGUCCUGGAGCGAAAAGCAUCCUGAGAGCGAGUGGGGUAGCCCAUCGAUCCUGAAGAUGUCGAACGACUCUAGCGAUGGACGGUCGGCUGCCUCGAACAGCAAUGGGUCUGGAAAGACAGUCGGACAGCACGGUUGCACCCUGCUUGACGACUAUACCCCGAAAGACAGCAUUCAUGUCCAAUUUCCUAGCUUCAACCGAACACGUGCUAACAUCAUGCGUUAUCGGCAACAAAUCGGGGUCAAUGGCGGCUCUUGGUUUGUACUGGAAUCAUGGAUGGCGCCUUCGAUGUUCUCUUGUGCGUCCGGCGGUAAAUCAGCCGAGCUGGAUUUUCUUAAAGGAUAUGGCACCUCCAGUGAUGCUAUUCAGAGUGCACGGGCACGCUUGGAAAAGCAUUGGGAUACAUGGAUCCAGGAAGCCGACUUUGUGAACAUGCGCUCGGCUGGUAUCAAUACGCUUCGAUUGCCGAUUGGGUAUUGGAACCUUCCGGAAAGUAACUUCACAAAGAAUACACCCUUUGAGAAAUACUCGGAUGUAUACAAGAACUCAUGGGACUAUGUGCGUCGUGCUAUCUCCUAUGCGGACAAGUACGAUAUUGGUGUCCUGGUUGAUGUGCAUGGCGCCUAUGGAUCUCAGAAUGGCCAAGCUCACUCGGGUCUUUCCGACGGUAAAAUUCAAUUCUUCUCACAGUCCAACAUGGACAAGACGGCUAAGAUGGUUGAGUGGCUCGUGCGCGAGCUGGUCAAUGUCACUAAUGUCGUCGGUGUAGAGCUGCUGAAUGAGCCCCAGAACGACAGCAAAUUGUGGGACUGGUACAACAGCACCAUAAAUGAGGUUCGAAAAAUCUCAGAUGAUGCACAGGCACUCCCAUUGUAUUUCCAUGAUGCGUUUAGUCCGCAGCAAGGUUCUGACUUUGCUGCUCAGCGUUCAGACUUUGUCGUCCAAGACACACACUCUUACUUUGUGUACACACAGCAAGACCGUGAUAUGUCGGCCAACCAGCACACAAAGCAGAUUUCUGGGUCUUUACAGGGAUCCAUGUCUAGCCAGGCCAAGAAGGCCAAUGGUAGGGUUAUUGUCGGUGAAUGGUCGUGUGCCUUGAACCCCAAAUCGCUAUCCAACUCGAAUAACAAGAAGAAAGACGAGUCGGAUUUCUGUCAGGCACAAAUUGAAACUUACCGCAAUACCACCGCCGGUGUUCUUUUCUGGAGUUGGAAUAUGGAAAACUGUGACCAGAAUUCCGGUUGGUGUUUCAAGAAGGCUUGGUCUGAUGUCAUGAAUAAGACCUACAAUGCGUGGGGCUUCAAUGAUAAAGUGACCAACAAGACUAUCGACGCUGUGUCGAGCGAGAUCGGCAAGACAACGCUGCCUGACAAGUACCAAACUGGUACGGUUUCGAGGCAAUCAAAUUCUUGCCCAUCAUCGCAGUCCUCAAAUACAAGGCGCGCAGCGACGUCGGCAAGCAGUUCAAGCUCGUCCUCGUCAUCAACAAUGGACUCUGACACACAGGGAUACGCAGAUGGCUUUACCUCAGCAAAGGUACUUGCUUCGAGGAUGGAGCUCUCUCGCCUGGGUUUCGUUGACCAGUAUAUCGCUGACUCUGUAAAUGCAUAUAAGAACAAGCUCAUGACCCAACCGGAUUCAAAAACCUACUCUUCAUCCUUCCAAAAGGGACUUUCUCAAAUUGAAAACCUCGUUCGUGAGGAAGCGGCGAAGGCGCUUUGA